AUGGCCGCACGUCGUCUUUACCUCGGAAGGCUCCCACCGGACACUCGCUCUGAGGAUGUCUCGAAAUUUUUCGAUGGCUAUGGCCACAUUGUCGACUGCCGCGUCAUGACCGGUUUCGGUUUCGUUGAAUUUGAGAGCACCAGAGACGCGGAAGAUGCUCUGAAUCAUUUCAACGGGAAGCCAUUCAACGGCGCCAACAUCGUUAUCGAGUUCGCCAAGGAGUCUCGUCCCCGUCGUGACGUUUAUGAGGCCGAUCGGCCCCGUGCAAGACGUCCUCCUGGGAUUCGCCUGAUCGUUUCCGGAGUUUCUCGUGACACUAGUUGGCAGGACUUGAAAGACUUUGGCCGCGAGGCAGGCAAUGUAUCUUACGCCGACAUCGACCGCGAUCACCCUGGAGAGGGGAUCCUGGAGUACCUGACGCGUGAAGAUGCGGACCGCGCUGUCAGGGAGCUCGAUGGCAAGGACCUGCGUGGCCGCCAAGUGCGCGUCGCUCUCGACGAUCCUCGCGCUGGUGUUGACAACUAUCGCCGUGAUGAUCGUCGCGAUGAUCGCGACAGAGGUUCUGAUCGUCGUGCUCGUUCCCGCUCGCCUCCCCGUUACGACGACCGGCGUCGUUCACCUCCGCCCAGGAGGGAUUAUGAUGAAAGGAGGCCUGCAGGGUACGACGACCGACGAGGCGGCUAUGAUGACCGCUACAGAGGUCCUGACCCUUACUAUGACCGUAGAUCCGAGGGGGAUCGACGGGCGCCGCGCGAGGACUAUGAAAGGCGCGAUGACAGGCGGAGGGACGAACGCUAUGAUGAAAGGCCACCGAGGACCGCGAACGGCGAUGGCGGAUGGGCCCGCUAA